CUCUCAUCUGGGCUCAGGUGCACAAGCCGGAAGUGCGCUCCCCUCCCAGGUGAGUGACUAAACUUUCCGGGUCACGUGAGCGGGCGGAGCUGGAGGAGCCCGAUCGAGCCACCGACGGACGCACCUAGGGGUCCAGAGAGGGACCCGCAUCGGGAACCUGAGCGAAGUCGAAGGCGCCCGAGCCAGGUGCCGGGCCGCAGGUACCGCCGGCCCGAGAUGCGGUAGGAGCUGCGCGCGCGAGAAGCCCCGUCCCCGAUGCCACCAGCCCGUCGCCCCGGCCUGGGGCUGCUCCUGGCGCUCGGCCUGCCGCUGCUGCCGGCCCGCUGGGGCCAGGUCUGGGGGCAAAUGUCGAGCUCCACUACAAGUAACGGCACCACUACGACCCCCGGCCCUGACCCUGGCUCCAAUAGGGCCCCGUCUCAGGGGGCCAUCACUGCUAUCAUCGUGGUCUUCUCCCUCCUGGCCGUCCUGCUCCUGGCAGUGGGGCUGGUCCUGCUGGUGCGGAAACUGCGGGAGAAACGGCAGACAGAGGGCACCUACCGGCCGAGCAGUGAGGAGCAGUUCUCCCACGCAGCCGAGGCCCGGGCUGCCCAGGACUCCAAGGAGACGGUGCGGGGCUGCCUGCCCAUCUAGGGCUGUCUCCUUUCUCUAUCCAUCACCCUUCCUUGCUGUGUGACCUUGGGGGAAGGUAGAGCCGUCUCUGGGCCAAAAACCCACCCAGCACUUAAGAAUAGAAGGGAAAAAGGUGCUUCAUAGACUUUGCCCCUGAGGGCAAGGCUGCUCACUUUAUAUAUAUAUAUAUAUA